AUGUAUAGCAUGUUUGUUAACAUUGUUGUCAUGCGUAUGAGCUUUGGAAUGCAAAGUGCUUGUGCUAUGCGUUACAUUAUUAAGCCCAAUCAACAUUAUUGCCCUCAAUUUUUUCUACUUUUCUCCAACAUACCACAAUUUACCCUAACGCUAGAAAUAUAUAAUUUCCUCUCAUUUCUUCCUCCCAGCAGCCGCUCGAAGACUCCCACCGAAUUCUAUGCAAACAGAUUUGCUCACUAUGGGAGAAUCUGGCCGAUCGGAAUCCAAUUGGUUGAAGAUUCCCAAAUUGGAGAAAGGGCUGGUCGCAGGCCGAAGACAGAUCGGACUCGGCGCAGCUGGUCUACUCGUGAGGAAGAGGCCUUGAUGUUAGCCCUAAAAGACCUUGUUGUAAACAAGUGGGAAUCAGAUAACGAAUUUCGUGGUGGGUAUCUAGCUCGGAUUGAGGAAAUCAUCAAGCGUGAAUGCCCGAAAAGCGACAUUAAGGCAACCUCCCAUAUCAGCUCCAAGCUCUAGCAAUGGAAAAAAAACUACUCCUCUCUGGUUAACAUGCUCAAUCGAAGUAGCAUUGUCUUCAAUUACAAGGGCGAUCAUAAGAUUGAUUGUGAUAACGACCAAUGAGAACAAAUUGUUAGGGUGUGCUUCUUACUAUUAUUGACUUUUACUUAUGUUUACACUUAUUUUUUGUGAGAGCGACUGUGUUUGAUUUGUGAUGGGUGUUUAAUGUUGUUGUAGCUAGAUAACAAUGCACGCUACAUGCGUUUCAAGUCGUGGCCUCUGUUUGAUGAAUGGAAAGAGAUUUUUGGCAAGGAUCGUGCAACGAGAUCUUCUGGUGUGCGCUCACAUCUCAAUGUGGGUAAUGGGAGUCAAGAGGCUGAGUUUGAAGCUAGUGCCGAUGGCCAUUCUGGAACUAAUACGGAUAACACCACGAGCUCGCAAGGAAUGCCAGUUAACACCAUGGGCUCAGGAGAAAUGCCAGAUCAGAGUACGGGAGACAGUGACACUGGAACUCAGUUUCCCGCACAGACAAACGGUGACACCGGAAAAAAAAUUGCCAAAGAAAACAGGUAACAAGCGCAAACUCGUUGAUAGGGCUGAUGCGUUGCUUGAAUUGCUUGCUAAAGGACAGGAUGAAACGAACGCUAGGCUUGAUAAGUUGGCUGGUAGGAUUGGGUUUGAGUUCGAUGCUAGCAAGGCAAGAAAGAAAGUGUUUGGCAUGCUCGGUAAUAUUCAAGGCAUUACUCUUGGGCAACAAAUCGACGCCGCUGAAUUCAUCCUCAGCAAAGUCGAACAUUUGGACUUGUUCAAUAGCCUUCCUGGAGCUAUUUUGUAGGAGAUGAUAUCUAAUCCUCCUUAUGUGCAUUGAACUAUAAUCGCACUUAUUAUCUUUUGUCUAGUUUCUACUGAUGCUCAAAUGUAUGAGCUUAAAACAUUGGGAUUCGGCCUUGGUUUGUAUUGGACGACUGUUAUUAUGACUCUAUUUGUGGAAUCUAUGGAACCUCAGAAUAUGUUACA